AUGCUCACAAAGGGCGGCACUUUAGUAGUCACCGAAUGCACCACACCGGAACCCGGCCUCCAUGAAGUCCUUAUCGAGGUACAAGCCGUCGCUCUCAACCCCAUAGACGUCUCACAGCAGGACCGCGGUCUCCCACCCGUACCCAUGUACCCGGCCGUCAUCGGAUGCGACGCAGCCGGUGUCGUCCCCAAAGUGGGCACCCACGUCUCCACGGUCGCGCCCGGCACUCGUUUCCAGAAGUACGCCCUGGCUCAGUCCGAAGUCCAAGGCGCCGGUCGCCCCCUGGGCUUCAAGACCGCUCCGUCCGCUUGGACGACACUCGGCAUCCCGCUCGAGACCCGGUACGUCCUCCAGGACGAGCACGGCUCCGCCCGCACGCUAGGCUUCACCAUCUACGCCACCGCCAGCACCAAACACCACGCUUACUUACGGAGUCUCGGCGCCGACGCCGCGUCCGACUUCCACGACAGCGACGUGGUCGCGCAGAUCGUCACCGCCGUCGGGAAGGAAGGAAUUGAGCUGCGCACAGCCCACUGCGUCGUGCCUCGCGGCCUGCAGCCCAUGCCGGAGGUCCUCAAGCAGACGAAGGGGAACGCCGCCGCCAGGGUCGCCCACUCGCCUGUCCUGCUUCCGGGCCACCCGACGCUCGACAACACCGAGGUCAAAUUCAACCUGCCUCCUUUAGACCAGGCGGGAAGGGACAAGCACAUGCAUCAGUGCUUCCACGGAUGGCUGCGGGAGGGUCUCGAGUCCGGCAGUGUUGUCCCGAGUCCCAGAGUUCAGGUUGAGGGGGGUGGUCUCGCGGGGUUGAAUGCGGCGCACAACAAGCUGAAGGCUGGCGUCAGCGGGGUCAAGGUUGUUGUGCGAAUCUGAUUGUUGUUCGAUGAGGUCAAGAGGGUUUUGGCCGGCCGUUCGAUUCCAUGCCAUUGUUGUUGUAACUCGAUUACCUUACCUUAGCUGAACUGAGCUAAGCUGCUCAGGCACAAGUGCCUUGACCAGU